AUGAGUGACUCAAAGCAACAAGACACCGAAAACGUCUCUCCGCCUGAAUGGCCAGAAAACGGAGGUGACUGGAGCGGAGAGGAGGGGGUGGACACGGGAGGAUUACUCCAGGAGAUGGCAGAGGAGGAUGAAGACUUCGAUCUUUACAAUGAAGAGACUUUUGGCAUGGACAUGGAGGAAUCGGGAGGGGGUCCCACCAACUCUCUCCUCCAGUUCGAGCCGCCUCCAUCUCCUCCUCCCCCUGCACCGCCCGCCUCGCCUCCCCUGGCCUCCCGGUCGCCCUCUCCCCCCAGCCCCAGGCCCCAGCACCCCCCAGGCCUGCGGGGCAGAGGCUGGAGCCAGCUAGGGGGGAGAGGCUGGAGCCAGCCAGGGGGGAGAGGCUGGAGCCAGCCAGGGGGCAGAGGCUGGAGCCAGCCAGGGGGGAGAGGCCGGGUGCAGAUGUUUGAAGACCCGGCAGUGAUGAGAACAGUGGAGGGGCGGCCUAGCCUGAAGAGUCUGGACAGCGCCAUCCUGGACUGUGGGACCACAUCCCGCUGGGACGCUCUUGAUCCAGAUGCUUGGAUGUUACCAUCUUACAGGAGUCCCAGACGCACCCCAGGCCUGAUCCUACAGGACAACGCCAUUGUGUGUGUGAUCGACCGAGGCUUGCAGGCGCCCUACCUCCUCCCGUCCACCAGGGGCAGGAGAGGGAGUCCAAGGGGGCCGUUUGGCCUCAGGUGCCCUUCUCAGAUGUCUCCUAUGGCGCACGUCUCUCCCAUCAUCACCCGGCGGCCUUUGACCCCGCAGCAGUACUCCAACCAGACUGUAGACUUCCUGUCCUCGGCCAGCCGCCCCUGCCCCUCCACCCCCAAGAUGAUGCAGCUACGCUUCGGCGCCAACUCACCCAGACCCUCCCCCUUUUACAGCCCCUCGUCCAAUCCCCUGCAGCAAUUCAGGUUCCCAGGCCCAGUGACUCAGCUCCACCCACAACACAGGCGUCUGCUGAGCCAACGACAGCAGAGAUCUCAGAGGAAAGCAGAUGGCUGGGACCCCUACUGUCAUCUGAUGUCCCCAAAGGAGAAGGACUGGAUCAUCAGGCUGCAGAUGAUCCAGCUGCAGAGCGAGAACCCGCACCUGGACGACUACUACUACCAGGAGUAUUACCGGAGGAUGGAGGCCAAGCUGGCGGAGGAGGAGCUGGGGCUCCGGGGCAGCAAGAGAGACCCUCCCAAGCUGACCACGCCCUAUGUCACCAAGGCUGACUCCUACACGCCAGUGCUGCACAUCGAAGGCUCCUUGGGUCAAGUUGCCGUGUCGACGUGUUACUCACCUCGACGGGCCAUCAAUGCCGUCCAGGCCCACUGUCCCAGUGAGGAACACAAGGACGUCAGUCAGCAACGUCUGGAGGUCCUCAAGAAGAUCGAGAAGCUGUUUGUGGUCCUGCUGGAUGUAGAGGAGGCCCAGAGGCUGAAGAAUGUGGUGCUGGGGGAGGCUGAGGAGAGGAGGCUGGUGGAGAACACUCAGAGGAAGGUGGAGCAGCUCUAUUCCCAGCUGCAGCACCCUGACGCUCUGGAGGCGGGGGAAGAGUUCCUUCCUGUUCUCCUGGUCUCCAAGGGGAAGCGCCUUCUGGCUCGACUCCUCCCCUUCCUGUCCCAUGAUGCCGCUCUGCACGUCCUGCGCGAGGUGACGGCUCACCUGCCCGUCCUGAUGAGCAGGGACUCUGACGAGGCUCUGCCCGUGUUGUACCCAGCUCUCCGUUCUGUGAUUGGAGGGCUGACCUUCAGCCAGCUCAUCGGCGUGCUCAGAAACCUGACGUUGUCCUCUAGGAACAGCGAGAGCCUCACGCUAGCCUGUCAGAACAAGUUUGGGCUGUCACUGCUGUACGCGCUCCUCUCCCAGGGAGAGAGGCUGCUGUCCUCAGACCUUCCCCUGGAGCCCAGCAUCGGAGACUUUGAGACCUGGACAGACACGGUCUUCCAGGUGGCCUGGCAGCUAUCCCAGAGUGCCUUGGUGGAGCCUCUUCUUCUGCCCUCCAACCUGCUCACCCUUUUCUGCCGCUACCUGGACAAGCGCACCGUCCACCAGCUGAAGAGCAACAUGGAAUCUGCCACUGGUGUCAUGGCUCUCGCGUCCUAAGGAGGGCGCUCUUCUGACGUAGACGAG